CUCUCUCUCUCUCUCUCCUAUUAGACAAUAGACUAUAAUCAUUUCAUUCGAUUGGGGUUCGUUAAUCGUGAUCUCGUUAAUUGAUUUGACCAACGCUUCUCAUGUCUUAUAUAAAUUUCCUACUUAGUAAAGUUUUUUUUAGGUGUUAGAAAAUUUGUAAAAUUCUCUUCUUUUUAUCGUGAAGAUUUAUCUUUGAAAGAUGUAAUUCCUAUUUGAUGAUUUUCAUUGGUAUUCACCGAGAAUCGUUUCGGAUUUUGCUAUUCGUUUGGUCGUUCAAGGUAAAUUAGAAAGGACGUGUAUAAAAUGCGAAUUUGUUCUUCUUUACCUCCUCCCCACCACGUGGCCCUUGCCGUUGCCCCUUUCACGGUUUGAUAUUUCCCCUUCUACCGACGCACACAAACACACCCUCCCACCCACACACACACACACACACACAGACACUCUCUCUCUUUCUCUCGCGGACGCCUUUACGCUGCUCCCAACCUGACAGUGUCCCUGUAUCCUCGCAACACUCCUUCCUAUACGGUGAGCGGGAUAGUUUUCGCACGACGCGCCCUUCCAUCAAAGCUACCGAACGAGGAAAGUACGGCUAAGCCAUUUCUAUCGUCAUCCGUCAUUAGUGCACGGAUCGUGUGUUGUCAAUCAUCGGAUGCGUGUCGUGCCGACGAGAUGUGAUUUGCAGGAUCUAUGACGGGAAAAGUACUUCUUAUGGAUCGAGGCAAGCAGAGGGACGAAGAGGAACGGUUGGUCUUUAAUCAUGCUCGCUCGUUGAAAAAAAGCGCUUCGAGAGGAAAUAGCUACAGCAAGGGAGGUGGGUUGGGACAGAUAUACAAAAGGAAAUUCUGAACCUGUGCUUUCCAGCUUCCAGUCAGCGAAUGAAUUUCUCUGUGAACGGAAUGUAUCUCUUUCGCUCGUCAAUUUUCUUCUUACAUAAAGUCGAUUUAUAAGCGCUACCGAGAUCGCGACCAAGCCUUCCGAGCGUCGCUUCGAAGAACGAAAGAUAUAUAUAUAUAUAUAUAUACAUAUACAUAGAGAGAGAGAGAGAGAGAGAGAGAGAGAAGAUAGAAAUAGAAACAAUACUCAGCUAGAAAAAUAACCCAUGACGAAUCAUGAUAGCGCGAGGACCAUCAGAGAAAAUAGUUUGGAGAGAUGGCUUCUGCCGAUUCGACAGACUUUCGAUAUCAUUAAGAACAACUCGAAAAUUUAAAAUUCGAUUUUAACAUUCGACCGUCUCAUAAAAUACUCAGAAGAGGCUAAGAAGAAAAACGGGAAGAGAUUAAAUAUCGUCGAUUCGUGCGAUUCGCCAGCAAAAUACGAGCUUAUGUGUUGGUGAUGUGUUGGUCGAGGAUAGUGCUUCAGGAACAAUGCGAUCUUCGCGAUAACGAGGAUCAAAUCGGUUCGUCGGAGAGAAAGAGAGAGUUAAAGGGGCUGAGGACUCCCUGGGAGGCUAAAAAAGUAAGUCCUGGGGAAGCGGAUUCUUGCGAUUAAAGACGAUAAACUCUCUUGUUAUAAUACGAUAUAACGUUGAGGACGACGGCGUUUUAUCCAACGUAGACAACAUGGGGAAUGGCAUGAAUAAGGUGCUUCCCGGCCUUUACGUUGGUAAUUAUCAGGACAGUAAGGACGCAGAUCAACUGGAAAGGUUCGAGAUAACCCAUAUCCUGGCGAUUCACGACACGGCUCGUCGAUUACAUUCUAAUAAACAUUACUUAUGCAUCUUAGCCGCCGAUAGGCCGGAUCAGAAUUUAUCGCAAUAUUUUUCUCUCUGUAACGAUUUCAUCCACGCUGCUCGUUUGCGCGGUGGCAAUGUUCUAAUACAUUGCCUGGCGGGCAUGUCGAGAAGUGUGACGGUCGCAGUCGCCUAUAUCAUGAGCACCACAAAUCUAUCCUGGAAGGAGGCACUUAAGGUCGUGAGAGUAGGUCGUUCUAUCGCCAACCCAAACGCUGGCUUUCAACAACAGCUCGAGGACUUUGAAUCGAGCCGUCUUCAGGAGGAACGACGAAGAUUGAAGGAACGAUUUCCUAGUCUCGCACUCGCAGAAUCUGACGCGGAAGCAUGUAGAGCCACUCUUAAAAAUUACGAGGCGUUGGUGCAAGCACGAGAAGUUUGCGAAGGCAAAUGUGCCAUGGGCCGACCUUGUCCCACUGGUCUCUGCCGUCAACCGUCCAAGAGGACUCCCAGAAGACGAUCGUCCUCCAGUAGUUCCGGAAAUUUGACACCUGGUAGAACACCACCACAAACGCCAAGAAUGCUUCCAUCCGCACCACCCUCGCCAGCCCUACCUAGAUCAGCCAGCGUUAUGUCUACUACUCGGCCAAGAAGCGGUCCAGCAGGUUUACAUUCUUACACUGGAUCUGCGCCUCCCUCCAGGGCCGUUUCGAGGGUGGAUUUAUCAGCUGCCGUAGCUUGCAGUAGCAGUAAUACGAAUUUAGCUGCCGUUGGCAGGUCCAUCACGCUUUCCGGUAGUAACUGGAGAUUAACAGCGGGAUCAGCACCGACCACACCAAGGCCGACACCUCCGGUAUCGCCUCAACGAUGGCCGAGGCGACUCUCCCGGCAAACACCACAAUUACCUGUACCAUCGGAAGCUCAUUCCUCGAUGACGUAGCAGCACAACAAGAUCACUCUUUUCAGUCUUCUGGAAUGAAGUCGAGAAACAUCAUCCACGAGAGAAACGGUGCAGAUCUCUUCAACUUGUAUUCAAGACGUUUUGUCUUGAAUUUCUUCUCUUCCUUGACAAGUUUUUCCUUCUGUCUCUCUCUCUUUCUUUUUUAAUUUUAAGAUGGCUGCUUCACGAUCGUCAAGUAAGACCAUGGGAAAUAUUAGGACUGAUACUGCUUUUUUUAAAAUAGGUCUAAUAAUAAUCCGCCAAUCUGCGAUCGUUUCUGCAUCUCCGCUUCACCUCGAAUUCGGUGUAUACUUACUACUUAUUGGGUUAAUCAGUCGCCUUAUAUGAUGUCAAUGAGUAAAAUGACAUCCCACGGCCAAGAGGCAGAAAAACGCUGGCUAAUUUGUAUAUCAUACGGGUUUAACGGGUCGAGAGUAUUUAUGUUGGUAAUUCGCGAAAUUAAUAAUACGUUGAUAGGAAAGAAAAAACUUUGACCGAUUUUAUACGUUUGUAAAAUCAUUAAUCAUCGUGGUAUCGGUACGAAAGACAAAAAAAACUCAAUGGGUCGAGUAAAAAAGUAAGGAAGUUUUACUCGAAAGAAAAUUUUUCUGAUAAGUAAAUAUACGAUGAGAAUUCGAAGGAAAUUCUGGAAGCAAAGUGUGAUAUGUUGUUUUAUCACGUUAUCCCAUCACCAAUUUUGUUCGCAACCGUCCAAAUAAUUGUUGGCUUUGUAGCAGGAUCGCGCUAUUUAUCGCGAAUCGUUGUUGACACUCUGAAAAGUAUACAUAUAACAUGUGUAUAUAUAUAUAUAUAUAUAUAUACAUAUACAUAUACACAUGGGUGAGUGUCACGUUGUUACGAGGGGUUUUCAAAGAGAAUAAUACGUAGUUAUAUGUAGAUUAACGAAAAAAAUAUAUAUAUACAUAUAUACAUAUAUACAUACAUACAUACAUACAUACAUACAUACAUACAUACAUACAUACAUACAUACAUACAUACAUACAUACAUACAUACAUACAUAUAUAUAUAUAUUUCACAAGCACACGCACGAUUUACAAGUAAUGAUUGAUAUAUAAUGAAAAGAGGAAAAAAAAGUAGCACGAAAUUUGGCAUGCGUGUUUUAAGGACUCGCUCAAAUUUAUUUAUUAAAUAAUUCUUUUCUUUUUAUCUUACAAAUAGUCUCUCAUCGUUGCGUUUGCAAUUAUCGAAAUGUUUUUUUUCUAUAAAUUUAGUAGAAAAACAAUGAUUAAAGAGGAAACAUACAGACUACUUUCUCGUUCUUAACAAUCACGUAUUAACAAAUACAUACAUAAAUAUGUAUCCACUGAUUUAAAUACUGGAUACUGGCUGUUAUAUUAGUUGUAAUAUUUUGUAAUAACACCGAAUAUAUUAUUGUUUUCAUAGGAACUUGCGUAUUCGCUAAGUGAAUAAGAUGAACGCGAAAGUAAAGACGGCGUAAAGCGAUGUUUUUAUCCAAGCAAUCACUGUGUAUUUAGGGCAAUUAAUUCCACUGUGCUGCGAUGACACUGAAGGAACCAAAAAAAAAGAUCGCAUAGACUAGACGAUAAAUGCAAUAAAUUGUAAUCGUAUUUUUGUGCGCCUUUCGAAAAUUAGAAAGAACGUUGGAUCAUUCCUUCUGCGAAAUCUUCAUGAUACGCUUUCGAUUCGAAAAAAGAAAGAAAAAAAAAGAAAGAAAAAAAGUAAAAGCAUCUACUAUAUCUCUCUGUAAUUAAUUACUGUCGCGUAAAAAUCAUAUACGACUUUUCCCGUAUAUAGAUAUUUAGAAAGUAGGAUAUCGAUGCGUCAGAUCGCUUCGAAAUCGAAGAGUAACAUUCUCGAAGAAGGUUUUCCAUCGUCUGUCAAACAUUAAGCAUACAAGAAUCUGUAGUAUACUUCUUAUAUUUUCACGGACAAGCGGCUUAACUGAAGUAAAUAUAUAAUAUUAAUGCGAGUAGAUCGGUGCGAUGAAUCGCGUAAAAAUAUUAUCGAUCGAAAUAUUUCGUUGUCGAAACGAAAAUUAAUACAAGUGAAAAAUUAAUUGGCCAUUAUAUUAAAAAAAUCAAACGAAGAAAACGUGUUAAAAAUUCGUACUUGUAAAUUCAUCCUUAUCUAAGAAAAGCUCUUCGAAUAAUCCGCUUGUUCAAAAGCACAGGCAAAACAUCCUAAAAAAUAACAUAUUUUACUGUUGCAAUAUUCUACUUUUUUACAAUGCGUUCGUGUGCGCUAAUCGCGCGCAAUAUUUAUUACGUACGUAGAUGCUCCGUGAAAACUUUAUUCGUGUUCUUUGGCAAUUUCUAAACGUGUGUAAUGAAAUUUCGAAAUUGUAAUAAAGAACGACGAAUUGUUGUGUCGAGGAUUUAUAGAAAUAUCGAUCGGAAGAAGAAAAUAUCUAUUUAACGCAAGUACGUGCGAUUUUUUUAUUAAAAAAUAUCAAAGUUUAGAAGCAGCAUUUGGAAAGGAAAGUUUUCUAUAACGAAAUUAUAUAAAAUUGUAUCAUUGUUUUAUAUCAAUAGAUCGCUGGUCGAUAAAAAUUUUGAAAUCAACAUAUGUACGCGUUCGUGAGACGGUAUCAAUUAUUUUUUUACGGUUGGUUAUAAUGUCGGUGAUCGAGCGAUUCAAAAUUCUUGGCGAUUCUGAUUAAUGAAAUAACAAAGAACGUCGUUAAUGAUGUUACAUGAAAUUUUCAAUCUACUGCAUUUAUUUUUCUAUUCUCUCCUCCUCUCGUUGUCAUCUAUUCUCGGAAAAUAAAUGCAUUGAAUAUAUGGAAUGUUAAUUACGAUAUGAAUUAAAAUUAAAUGCUACGUCCUAACACAUAACUCUGUUACUCACAUAGAAAUGGCUAAUUACUAUUUAAGAUAUUCUAUGAUUUAACUUAGAAAUGCUGAUCAUAAUUAUUAAGAAAUGUAAACGUUACGCAUGCAGUUCAUUUUCAAUAAUUCCAUUCGAAUCGUACUCGUCUCAUGAGGAAUAUACUACUUGAAAUUAUUUCACUGAAAUGUAAUCUAAUCUCUUUUUCGAAUCUUGUGUUUCUAAACGACCAUGACACGACUAUGAAGCAUAUUCGAACGACUCUAUACCAUUCAUUAUAAUGUACAAGUGUGAAGUCUAAAAUUUUAUUUCACGAUCGUCCCAACCUGCGAAGUAAUCUAAACUGUUCGAUUAUUAUAUGUAUCGUUUAUAGUGAAAGGGAGCGAUAUAUGAAACAAAUUGCUCAAAUGUGAACAACAUUUUUGUUGUGUGAACAACAAUUUAACGUUAAAUUUAUACGUUGUUGAUAGCUAUAAAUAUGUAUGAGAUGGGCAUAUAAAAAAUUUUACAUAUAUAUAUCGACAUAUACACAUACGUCGAUCAUGCGAUCAGCUUACAAAGUCAAUCGUUUUAGAUAUUCAUAGAUGGACAUAAAUGCACUGUUGCAUUCGUUCAAGUAUUUUUGAUACAUCCGAAAAAAUCUGUGAUGCGUCUUAUUUAAACGCACUACAUUUCAUAUCAUCGUUCGUCGGUGUUACAUCUCGAUGAAUUGUCUAAUGUUAAUUGAAAAGUAUUAUACUCGCAUCAUUGAAAUAGAAAUAAAAUUUGAGAAAGCUUAGCACAUAUGAUUUCAUAACCAUCACUAUGAAAAAAACCUACGUUCGUUCGUUUACCUAUACAUGUAUUAAACCAUUUCGAAUUUCAUCUUAAGUUAAUCUUUUCAUUCGAUAACGUACACGUCUUUCAUACAUUUUUAUAAAUCCAGGACUGUAACAGAGAGAGAGAGAGAGAGAGAGAGAGAAGUACUUUACUUGGAAUGUCACGCGUUUAAAGUGAGAUAUGCAAAAUUAUACAUGCACAAAAGUAAGAAAAUACGUGUACGGAGGGAUUAAAAGAAAUGACUAAACUGAAGAAAUAUUUUUUUUUAACAUCUGCCGAAAAAAACGUUCGAAAAAAGAUAACUAUGCAAGUGCAAUCGUUAAAGAAAUCGCCAAAUUUUGCGAAUACUGCAUAGUUCAAUUCAUAUCGUAUAUUAUUGGAAGAUACUUUUGGCUAGCUUUUAGUCACAGAACAAAGUUAAAACGUUAAAGCAAAAACAUGCAAUAUUUUUCCAUGUGCAUUUAUAAUAAAUCUAUAAAAAUCAACGGAGUGAAGUUUUUCGCUUCCUCUAAUCGACAAAUCGCACGAAACUUUGAAAAAAUUUCUGUACCUGAAUCUAUCCAAAGCCGUAUUGCGAUCCGUUAUACGCUUAUAGAAAAAGGGUGUGUGAUAAGUUCGAGAGAAAAAAAAAAAAAAAAGAAAAUUUUUCUAUCUUCACAAAGGGGCAUCCAC